AUGAGGAUCACGAACUUUGUUGCCAGCAUCACCCUGGCGUUGACUCUGUCACUCCCCGCUAUCACACGCGCCGAACGCGUCGUCGGGUACUAUGGAAAGACGGCCGGAGGAGCAGGUUGCCCAAACUACCCCCCUUUCGAGCCAUCAGACCUCCCCGUAGAUCUCUACACCCACCUCAACUUUGCCUUUGCCUUAAUCGACAACUCCGGACUCAUCGCCAGUCAGGAGGCAAAGGAGAUCCCCAGCUAUCAGCUGGUGAACGACCUCAAGAAGAAAAAACCUUCCCUUCGCACUGCGGUCACUGUUGGAGGGUGGGAUAUGAACAUGGCGCAUUAUUCGACUAUGGUCUCGACGAGUGAGAAUCGCCAAAAGUUUAUUAGAUCCGCGAUGGCGUUUGUUCGGAGAUAUGGGUUUGAUGGUCUUGACUUUGACUGGGAGUACCCAGGUGACCCAAAGCGUGGAGGUCAUCCACAGGACCCAGAGAACUUUGUCCAGUUCUUGAAGGAGAUGAGGGAGGCUGCGGACGCAGAGGUUCUCGAGAACGGCCAGGAGAGGUUGAUUCUCAGUAUUGCCCUCCCUGGAGGCCCCUUCCACGGUGACAACUUUCUCAUCCCCAAGCUCGCUCCUAACGUCGACUGGUUCAACAUCAUGGCCUACAAUCUUCACGGCCAAUGGGAAUCCCAAGUCUUCUGUGCAGCCCCCCUAAACGAUCCAGCAAGCGACACAGAGUACAACGGCUACUCCCUCAUCCAUGCCAUCCAAUCCAUGGCCCCUUCAACCGUCAACCCCCAAAAAUUCAACCUCGGCCUCUCUCUCUCCGGUGUCACCUUCACCCUCAAAGAUCCCUCCCUCACCGGCCCCGGUUCACCCGCCCACGGACCCGGCAAAGUGGGCUGCCAAGAAAAGGGCGCCAUGUCCUAUUUUGAAGCCUCGAACCUCAUAGACCUCUUAGGAGAAAAGUCCGGGGUGGUGGAUUCCUUCCAGAGGAAGAUUACACAGGCUCCGAAGCUGGACGAGGGAAGUCAAUGUGUGUAUAUGGUGGUGGAUCAUGACCAGUGGGUGGGGAUUGAUACGCCAGAGACUUUUGCAUACAAGGUGGAUUAUUUCAGAAACUUUGGGUUUGGAGGAGUCAGUAUCUGGUCGAUGGAUAGCGAUACUGAGGAUCAUCGUUUGACAAGGUCUAUUUCCAAGGCUAUCAAUGGCGGCGGCGGCGGCGGCAACAGCACGGCUUCGGCGCCCAACAAUAUCGACAAGUUGGUUGGCGGCGACAAAACGAACAACACGUCUCCUUCACCCAACAAUGUCGGCAAGGUGGUCGGCGCGCUGCCAGACCACACCAUCCCCAAGUCAACGAGCACUGCCGGCAGAGGACAGGACGUCAAGCAUCUUACGAUCACCACCGUCGCCGCCAUUGUGAUCGCGUCUGUUGUCGGUGAUCUGUUCGCUUAA